ACCUAUAAAUCCACUAUUGUUAUAGUCCGUUUAGGGCUAUUGAAUCCAACAACACACACAUGAGUUGCGAUGUUAGAGUAUGAAACUACGAGGAGAACAGGAAGGCAGCAGGAGAAGCUGUCAGGUGGGAACCUAUGGGUGGGAACAGAGUUCGCAUUUUAUUUACACUUUGUGGACGUAUAUUUUGCGAUGGAUCAACAGCCCCCACCAAAGCCAUGGGAAAGGCGGAUUCCAGGGGCAAUGAGUGCACCUAUAAAUUACAGAUCUUCAAACUUUGGACCAGCUCCAGGCCCCUCUGUUUCUGCAGGCCCUCCUGUCCUGACCAGGAUGGUGCCCCCAUUGCCCCCUCGUCCCAUCCAGCAGGCCUACCGUCCAGCCUACAACUCUUUCACCUCCUCUUACAGCCCCUUUGGGAGCUCCAUGUAUGGGGGCUACAGCCCCUACACCUAUGGUGGUGGUGGUGGCUACGGCAUGGGAGGAGGGUACAGCCGCCUCUCCAACACGGAAGACGUUGCCCCCAGCCGGUUUGUGCAACAGGCGGAGGAGAGCAGUCGCGGUGCCUUCCAGUCUAUCGAGAGCAUUGUCCAGGCCUUUACCUCAGUUAGUAUGAUGCUGGACGCCACCUUUUCAGCUGUGUAUAACAGUUUCCGUGCGGUGUUGGAUGUAGCCAACCACCUAACACGGCUGCGUUCACACCUCACAAGAGUUUUCUCAGCCUUUGCUCUGGUACGCACCUUGCGCUACUUCUACCGACGGUUACAGAGGCUGCUGGGGCGAAGGUCAGACGCUGAGGUUGACGACUUGUGGGCAGACAGUGCAAGCGAUGCCCUGGCUACAGGUGCAUCCAGAGUGGAUGGAGCAGGGAUGGAGGGUCCGGCCGUGAAGUCCUGGCCAAUCUUUCUGUUUUUCGCUGUAGUAUUGGGGGGACCCUACCUUAUCUGGAAACUGCUGAGCUCCAGUCCAGCUGAAGAAAACGCCACUAAUUGGGCCAGCGGGGAGGAUGACCAUGUAGUCGCCAGAGCGGAGUAUGACUUUUCAGCUGCUUCUGAGGAGGAGAUUUCUAUGCGGGCUGGAGACAUGCUCAACCUUGCCCCUAAAGAGCAACAGCCCAGAGUGCGUGGCUGGCUGCUGGCCAGCGUGGAUAGCCAGACCACAGGACUUGUCCCAGCCAACUAUGUCAAGGUCCUGGGCAAGAGGAGAGGCCUUAAGUACACAGAGAUGGAGAGGCUUGCUCAGGUCCAGCAAGGGAACACACAGGCCUCCCCGACAGCCCUUACUGCACACCCAGAGUCCAAUACUGCCCAAGGCUUUACUCCAGGCCUUGGUUCGGCCUACACCCCAGAGGAACUGCUAGAAUCAGUGUACAGAGAAACACCAUCGUCCUUCAGUCUGGGAACAUCCAACCCCAGUAUGCCCUCCAGCACGGUGCUAAACAUCCCUGAGAAGACUGAUCUGUGAUGUUUGUGCACGUGUGGAUUUCUGUGUAUGCAAGUCUAUGUGUGUUCAUAACACUGGUUGGCUCAGUCAAUAUUUGUUUGCAGUCUAACUCUGAAGCUUGACUAAUAAUCAGCCGACAGUAGAUAUUUGGAGAAACACCAUAGACCUCGUCAAGAAUUGCUCAAAGUAGUUCCUAGGCUCACCUAUAAGGUUUUAUAUCAUC